AGUAGCAUCAAUAAGCAGAGAAAAUGACUGGUCGCGGUAAAGGAGGAAAGGGACUCGGAAAAGGAGGCGCUAAGCGUCAUCGCAAGGUUCUUCGUGAUAACAUCCAGGGAAUCACCAAGCCCGCCAUUCGUCGUCUGGCUCGUCGUGGUGGUGUAAAACGUAUCUCCGGUCUGAUCUACGAGGAGACACGAGGAGUGCUGAAGGUGUUCCUAGAAAAUGUCAUCCGAGAUGCAGUCACCUACACUGAACACGCCAAGCGGAAGACUGUCACCGCCAUGGAUGUCGUCUAUGCACUGAAGCGACAGGGACGCACUUUGUACGGAUUUGGAGGUUUGCUACUCUAUUUGAAAACUCAAUACAUCAUGUCUGGACGCGGUAAAGGAGGCAAAGUUAAGGGAAAGGCAAAGUCCCGCUCGAAUCGUGCCGGUCUUCAGUUCCCUGUUGGCCGAAUUCACCGUCUGCUGAGGAAAGGAAACUAUGCCGAACGUGUUGGAGCCGGAGCACCCGUCUAUCUGGCGGCUGUGAUGGAAUACCUCGCUGCCGAAGUUUUGGAAUUGGCAGGAAACGCUGCCCGUGACAACAAGAAGACCAGGAUCAUCCCGCGUCAUCUGCAACUGGCCAUUCGUAACGAUGAGGAGUUGAACAAACUGCUCUCUGGAGUGACCAUUGCUCAGGGCGGUGUUCUGCCAAACAUCCAAGCCGUGCUUCUGCCCAAGAAGACCGAAAAGAAGAAAGCAGAGAAAAUGACUGGUCGCGGCAAAGGAGGAAAGGGACUCGGAAAAGGAGGCGCUAAGCGUCAUCGCAAGGUUCUUCGUGAUAACAUCCAGGGAAUCACCAAGCCCGCCAUUCGUCGUCUGGCUCGUCGUGGUGGUGUAAAACGUAUCUCCGGUCUGAUCUACGAGGAAACACGAGGAGUGCUGAAGGUGUUUCUGGAAAAUGUCAUCCGAGAUGCCGUGACCUACACUGAACACGCCAAGCGCAAGACCGUCACUGCCAUGGAUGUCGUCUAUGCACUGAAGCGACAGGGACGCACUUUGUACGGUUUUGGAGGUUAAAUCAUUAAAACACGCUUUGAUCAAUAUAAAAGGACCUUUUUAGGGCCACCAGAA